UGAGCAUUUUAGGGGGUGAAAAUGCUUUUGCCUCACGGUUAAAGCAAAAGCACCAGUUCAAAUAGCCUCAUUGGAGAAAACUUGGGAAUUCAUCCACUCGCUCAAGAGAAGGUCUUAUAGGAGCCUAAGUUCCCGAGCUUCUUAGUGUGAAUAUGGCUGCACAUCAGGACCGCUCACUGAGGAUUGUCCUGGUAGGGAAAACCGGAAGCGGGAAAAGUGCGACAGCAAACACCAUCCUUGGACAGAAAAUCUUUGCAUCUAAAAUUGCUGCCCACGCGGUUACCAAGACCUGUCAGAGAGCAUCCCGGGAAUGGAAGGAGAGAGAACUUGUAGUGGUUGACAUCCCAGGGCUCUUUGACACCAAGGAGAGCCUGUACACCACUUGCAAAGAAGUCAGCCGCUGUGUUCUCUCUUCUCGUCCAGGGACCCAUGCUAUUGUCCUGGUUAUGCCCCUGGGCCGCUUCACGGAAGAAGAGCAGAAAACCGUUGCAUUGAUCAAGGCUGUCUUUGGUGAGGCAGCCAUGAAGCACAUGAUUAUUUUGUUAUGGAGUUGGAGAACCAUGAACAAACUCUUGAUGAUUUUAUAAAGGCAUCUGUGAACCUGGAAGGUAUCAAAGAGUGCGGGGGCAGGUACUGUGCCUUUGGCAACAGCCCGCGAACAGAUAAGGUGGAGAAGGAAAGUCAAGUUCAGGAGCUGGUGGAGCUGAUAGAUAGGAUGGUGCAAGAAAAUGUAGGCUCUUACUUUUCUGAGGCCAUAUACAAGGACACAGAGGAAAGGCUGAGGCAACAUGCAGAGGUUUUGAGGAAAAAAUACAGUGAUGAAUUAAUUGAUGAUAUUAAAACAAUAGAAAAAGAAUAUGCUCAUAAAUCUAAGGUAGAAAAGUUUAAAAAGAUAGAAUUAGCAUGGAGGAAAUAUGAAGAAAAAUCAAGAAACAUAGGGAUAGAAGCUGAGCAUAAUAUAUCUGAAAUCAUUGUAGAUAUGAUUAAGAAAUUGCUUUUAAAAAUAUGGCAUACAUUUUGGAGAUGCUAUAAAUUUAAUUCCUUCUCCUUAACUUACUAUGAUUUGUUAAUGUGUCACAUUGUAUUUUUCAAAGAUGGUUGCAACAAUGCCUCCUGCCUCCCUGCUUUAUUAAGAGUUAAUUAACAAAUAAAAAUUGUGUGUAUUUAAGAUACACAGUGUGAUGU